GUAUUUAUCAGCUGGUCACUGUUGAUCACGUUUUUGUUUCAAUCCACCAUCUAACACAGGUACAUUUCAUUUCAAUAAUUUAAUUCCUACCUAUUAUCAACAUCAUAAAAAAUAAAGUAUUUAUGCAAUUAAGUACUUGAAAUAAUAAUAAAUAAUUGAAGUGACUGUGAAUAAAUAAAAGCAUCGUAAUAAUGUGGGAUCAAUCACGAAACGAGGGCGAAGGCGGCGGUGGUUUCAUGGACGAGAGCUACAGCACGAUAGCUGCUCAACCUGAUCGUGGAGAAGCGAAACGCAGCAAUAAUGUCGUGCCCAUGAUGAUCGGUCACCUCAUCAAAAGUUCAAAGAAAUCUAAAACCAUCUGGGGAACAAACGUCAACGUCGUUUGUAUUGUUGCUGUUGUUAAAGACAUCCAGUCACAGACAACUAAAAUAGGAUAUGAACUUGAAGACGAGACUGGUAAAAUAAUGGCCUACAAAUGGCUAGAAGCUGAAAGUGUUGUUCCUGAAGGAAUAACACAAGAUUGUUAUGCCAAAGUCUACGGUACUUUACGAGAGCAAGGAGCUGACAUGACGACUCAUAUAUUUGUUAUGAAAAUACUGCCUGUUAAAAAAUACGCUGAAGUAUUUUCUCAUUUGCUGGAAGUUGCCUUGAUUGCUAUUAGGAUGAAAAAUUCAAAUAAUUGUUUACAAGGCGGCAAAGUUGAAAUGCCAACUGGCAACAAUGACGACGAAGAUGAUGAUGUCUGUCAUGGUUUAACCAACGAACAAAAAGUUAUUUAUAAAAUAAUUAAGAGAAAUGAUACUGAGAAUGGUAUUGAACGCGGUGAUUUAAAAUCACAGGUACCCGGUAAUUUAAAACCUAAAGUUGAUUUAAUUUUAGAAUUCUUGGCCUCAGAAGGUCAUAUUUAUACAACGCGUAAUGAUGAUUAUUUCAAAGCUACUUAAUAUUUUUUUCUACGUUAUUUUUCAAUAGAUUAUUUAAUUUUGAUUGUGUUUAAGAAAGUAAAUGAUUUUGAAUUUUAUAAAAUAAAUUCUUCAUAAUAAAUAAAUAAAUAAAAUAUAAAUCUUUAAAUAAAUGUUGAGCGUAAUUUUUAAUUUGCAUGACAAAUCAAGUGUUACAAUUUUUAGUAAUAAGAAUCAGAGUUUACUGAGAAGGGAUCAAAGUAGCGCUUAUAAUUCAUCUGUCAAAGUAAUCACUAAUGUCAGCAUUUAAAACUCACGACCUCACAACUUAAACAUGAGCUCAUUUCAUACAUUGUCAUUUUUUAUUUUUAAAUCUAUACUUUUAUUGCUGGUAUUUUUGUAAUAAGUAAAAAAAAUUAAGUUUCGUUAAGUCAAUAGUUAACAUUCCAUUACAAUACAAACAAUUUUUACUUGUAAUUUUUUAUUAGCUAAAUAAUUUGUAAGAAAAUAUAAAUAAAGUUGAUAAUCUUUAUUUGCA